GCUGAAGCCAAUAAUUUACGAAGAAGAAGUUGGUUAUAUUUACUUGUCAAAGACCCAAACCCAAAAUAUGAUCGAAUAUUUCGAUUAGAAAAUGAUAGGAACGUAUUAUUUCGUUAUUGUCGGACACAAUGACAAACCUCUAUUUGAAAUGGAAUUUUCGAACAGCAAGGAUCCGAAGAAAGAGGAUCACAGACAUUUAAACCAAUUCAUCGCCCACUCGGCUUUAGAUCUCAUCGACGAGCACAAAUGGAAGACGCACGCUAUGAAUUUGAAGUCCGUGGACAAAUUCAACCAGUGGUUUGUUUCCGCGUUCGUAACCGCUGGUCUGAUUCGAUUCGUAAUAGUUCACGAUAACAGAAACGAUGAUGGCAUUAAAAACUUUUUUUCCGAGAUUUACGAGGCUUACAUCAAACAUUCCAUGAACCCGUUCUACGACGAAGACACGCCUAUAAAAUCUCUUGCUUUCGAAAAGAAAGCUCAGACUUAUGGGAAAAAGUACUUAUCAAAUUAAGGCUCGUUUUUAAUGAUUUUUAUUGUAACAAUAAAUAAUUCGUAUAAAAAUUCUAGAAUAUCAAACUCUAGAUUCAAACAUUGUUGCCGAACAAAAUUAUAUUAAAAAAUGCCUCUACACGCGUAGUUUUAUCCAAUGUAACUCUUAUUGUACGUUUAAUUUACAAAAUUAUGGAACUGAAAACUUUCUCCCGAAUAUAAUUUAACAUAGAUUUAAUACUUAUACUGUAUUAUAUUAUAAAUAUAUUUAACUAAUUAUAAUUCUUGUCCUAGGAGAGCCAACUGUUUCAAAAAUUGUUUGGCAUUAUUUAGCGUUGUAGAUCCGUAUGUUAUCCGUUUCGAAUUCCCAGCCGACGUUUUAGCCUAAAAUACACCGAUCAAUUACCAAAAAAAAUAACAAUAAUUAAUAUUACCUUUGCAUAAUCCACCAAAUUCUGAUAUUCAAUAUAAUUUCCACCGCCUACAACGAAAACGAUAGCUUCCUGAAAGGGCGAUCGAUUCCUCGGCAUCUCCGUAAGUUUCAGCUGCUUCGGAUCCAAAUAAAGAUACUCCUCCACUUCGCUGGCGUUUUUAAAUUCCAUCAGACUAUCCACGAUUUUCGUUACGGGGAGAUUCUAAAAACAACCCUCUGUUAUUUACUAUUCUCGAUUUCACCCACACAAUUGCAUUACGUGUCUUUUGAUAACUAAAUUUUUAACACCUUCCAUGACGAAAUUCGAGCCCUGAGACACCAAUUUGGAGAACAUACUGACUGUUUUAGUACCGGCUCCUUCGUAUUGAUUGAUUACGCUGCUCGUCGUCAUUUUACUAUAACUCCUAAAAAAACAGCAAUCGAUUAACACCGAUUUUUGUGUGAUAAAGGUUUCACUAACUUCCAUCUUUUGAUGUAAGCAAGCGGCGACAGAUCGCAGCCCGCUUCGGUGAGAGCCGCCUCGUAUUUCCGAAGCUCCUGCUCCGACAUGUCCGAAAUGCAAAUGAAAAAUAUUAUAAACAAUCGCAAUUUGUCGUCGGGAUCGCCCGCUGAAGGAUCCGUCAGUAUAUCCAAGAGGGACUUCUCCAAAGCCUGCGCCUUGCUCAUGAUCUUCUCCUCCAGCUCAAAGAACGUAUCGAGUUUUCUAAAUUUGAUGAAAUUCAACAAAGCUACAACAAAACGUUUUAGUUACGACAUAGAGCGUUAUAAAAAGCAACAAAUUCUUUACAAGUAGCCACAGAAGUGUGCAUAUCUAUCAACCGUUUCUUCUCUAUCAACUGAGGCAACGAAUUUACCGCCGAUGUGAUUUUAGCCGUGUUAUCGGACACCAUCGCUAUAGCCGAAUCGCUUUCCCCUUCGAUACCCAUCGAACUCUUCAAUUUCUUCACCUCCUCUUCGGAUGAUUUGUACUGCUCGAGCUCCUCCUGUAUGGCCUCGGCCACCGUGGGAAAAGGACUACCUUUAUGCGUCGACCAGAAUUUAUCCGAAGUGUCCAAUUCGCACGUGCGGCUCUUCGCUCUAGCGCCUAAAACAUGCUCAAACUAUCACUUAUUCGAUUAACAUAGGUGGUAUGUAAUCACCUCCGGUGGGAAGGGAUUCCUCGAUAACCACCCGGUUCAAGGCCAGAUCGAGCAAAUCGUGGGCGAGCGCCUGGUAGGUCCAAGUGUGAUGCAAGGGCGUCGCCAUGUCGACGUUUCUAUCGAGGAUUAUCAACAGCGGUCGUUGGAAAUUGAAGUUGCCCGAUUGGGUGUCCGAUACGAACAAAUUGUUCCUGGUGUCGAAGAGGUUUUCCCUCAACUUUUUGUCCAGUUGCUUCGCCACCAUUUCGGCCGCGUUGCCUUUGGGGCUUCUAAUAAUAGGUACCGUUCCUGAGGUAACGAAUACGGAGAAGAGACUUUCGACGAUGUUGUUGAUGAUCGAAUCCAUUUCCGUGUCUUUGAUGUCUCCUUUAUUUAUAC